AUGAUGAUCUCGAGUGAGCUGGAGAGGCAGGCGCCGCUGCCAAAUGAGAAGUCGGUGAGUACGGGACCAAUCUUGGUGCCCGACUCUGCCUCACUCAGUGAAGAGCAGCAUGAUGGCAAUGAGAAUCUACCCCCUCGAGACAGUGGAAGAGCAGCUUGGACGAGCCUCAUUGCUAUCUCCGUCAUUGCGAUGGCAACCUGGGGCUUCGGAGCCACUCAGGGUGUGUUUCGAGAAUACUACUUCAAGACUCCUCCUCUACAAGGGAAUCAAUUAGUCGCUUCUACAGGCCUGUUAGUAGUGGGCCUGUUGCAAACUCUGCCGCCGUUUCUACUCAAGAUCAUCACAGCCUACCCUCACUAUAGACGCUACAUGAUGUGGAGUGGUAUGGUGCUAGUGGUAGCAUCUUCAAUUGGCGCUGCUUUCUCGACUACUGCUGUGCAGGUCAUCAUGACACAAGGGCUCAUGUAUGGAUUCUCGAGUGGCCUUCUCUUCGCACCUUGCUUAAGCUUCGUGGACGAGUGGUUCCUCAAGCGUCGUGGUCUUGCCAACGGCAUAUUUUUCGGAGCCCCCAACAUCGCGGCCGCCGGUCUUUCUCCAAUAUUUUCCGUCCUGCUCAAGCGCUUCGGGCCUCGUACAACUCUGAUUGGAUGGGCUGUGUUUACAGCAGUGAUCAUAUCACUUGGCAUUAUCUUCGUUCGCCCUCGACGUACAAGUAAAUCGGAAAUGGAGGCUGCAGCUCGACAAUCAUCGUCUACUACUAGAGUCUUCAGAAAGCCAGUGUUUUGGCUCUUUGUUCUUUCGAUGACGCUGCAAAGUCUGGCAAACAAUUUACCGGCAAACUACCUGCCCAGUUACGCCACGGACCUGGGUGUCUCGCCGGAGAAAGGCGCCUUGUUGGUCACAUUCCUGUCGCUGUUUGGGAUCAUCGGUCAAAUCUCGCUGGGAGCCUUGACAGAUGCGAUCGGACCGUUGAUACCCAUGCUGCUUAGCACCCUCGUCAGCAGCUUUGCAGUCUUCGUUGUAUGGGGAUUGGGUAUAUACUACUGGAAUAUGGUGAUCACUUCGAUCUUAUUUGGGGCAUUUGCUUUUAGCUUCAUGGUUCUGCGAAGCCACAUGGCGGCAAUUGCGGUUGAUGAUUCCGAGCGGCCGGCCGAGGAACUCUUCGUUUCCGGCAUUCUCCUAUUUACCAGAGGUGUCAUAGGUGUGGCGUCAGGCUACAUAGCUGCGGCUGUUCUUCAAAACAGCGAGAGUAUUGGAGUGCAGCCUGGGUACGGCGCUGGAAAGUGGCGAUCAUUCAUCAUUCUCCUGGGGACGACAAUGACCGCAGCUACCCUAGGAGCCUUUGGUCUAUUAAAGAAACGGAAGACAGCUUGA